GAAUAUCGAUAAGAAAAGCUGAAAUUAGGGUUUUUCGGUUCGCACAAGACUAAAGAACCCCCAAAGCUCCAAUUUCCAUUUUCAAGCUCAACAGCUCUCUAUCUCUCAUUUUGCUAUUGUAUUUUAAAAUUUGUAGAGAAGAAUCAUGGGAAAGGGUCCUGGUCUCUACACUGAAAUCGGCAAGAAAGCCAGAGAUCUUCUGUACAAGGACUACCAGACUGACUACAAGUUCACCAUCUCUACCUACUCUCCUACUGGAGUUGCCAUUACAUCUACAGGUUUUAAGAAAGGUGAGCUGUUUCUGGGUGAUGUCAAUACUCAGCUUAAGAAAAAAAAUAUCACUACCGAUGUCAAAGUGGACACAGAUUCCAAUCUUUUUACAACGAUUACAUUUGAUGAACCUACUCCUGGGAUGAAAGCAAUUUUGAGCUUCAAAGUUCCAGAUCAAAGGUCUGGCAAGGUGGAGAUUCAAUAUCUGCAUGACUAUGCAGCUGUAAGUUCAAGUAUUGGGUUGACACCUAAUCCUAUUGUUAACUUCUCUGGUGUGAUUGGAACCAAUGUUGCCUCACUUGGUACGGAGCUGUCUUUUGACACCAAAACUGGGAACUUCACAAAAUGCAAUGCUGGAGUCAGCUACUCAAAUGCAGAACUAAUUGCCUCGUUAAACCUGAAUAACAAGGGCGACUCGCUGACAGCAUCAUACUACCAUAUUGUGAACCCAGUGCAUGCUGUUGGGGCGGAGGUUAGCCACAGCUUCUCAACCAAUGAGAAUACUAUUACAGUUGGCAGCCAGCAUGUAUUGGAUCCAUUGACCACAGUGAAGGCACGAGCAAACAACUUUGGCAGGGUAAGCGCUCUUGUCCAGCAUGAGUGGCGACCAAAAUCAUUCUUCACCCUUUCUGGUGAGGUGGAUUCCAAGGCUAUCGAAAAGAGUGCCAAGAUUGGAUUGGCUCUUGCUCUCAAGCCAUGAGCAUUGAGCCCCAUUGUGUUGAAGCAGUAGGUUUUGGCAUUAGAAGUGCUAUAUAGGUCUGUCUGAACCAACUUUUUUUUUAAUUCUGUUCUCAAGGUUGGUUGCAACCCUUUUCUCUAAGUUCUUAUGAUGAUGCCUCUUUGGUUUCUAUUUUGAUGGUUUUGGUUGUAAAAAUAAAAGAAAAUUUCAGAGGUGUCAAAAACGGAUGCCAUUACUGUUCCGAAUCCUCACAAUCUUUAAUUUCGCCUGCUUAAAACUGAGGUUGAAGACCCAUAUUUCAAGAGGGUUGAGCUCAUAAUUUCAUUCCAAUUCUUCGA